AUGUCUUCUCUUCAUCAGAAGGCAGUGCAGAAGGAAUUCGAGGAUGAGGCCCUUGCUGAGCAACACUCAUCUGGCAGAUCUUGUGAUCGACUUCGACAAGAGUUGAAACGUUGUAUUAAGGAAUCGGAAUGUGUGCAAAAGUUGCGACGUCCAGCCAAAGAGUGUAUUUCCGCAACCGAUGGAUCCGUACCCGAACGAUGUUUCCAACUUCUCUCGAACUUUUCCGACUGCAAACGAUCUUUGGUCAGAUUUCUAGUCGAUUCCUUUUGA